AUGACAUAUUCAGAGGCUUCAUUAUCUUGUGACUCUAUUGGUGGAGAAGUUGUUGUUUUCAACAGCUUCGAUGAGAUGGUAGAAGUCGGUGAUUCAGAUUACGUAUCACAACAUAUGAUAAGCAAGGUGGGAAACAACUAUUUAUUAUGGGUUGGCUGUACGGACCAGGCCGUAGAGGGAACAUUCGAGUGUGAAGACAGUACGCAGCUAGCCCUCAACAGUGCCUUGUGGCAAAGUGGAGAGCCAACCAGCGCUGGUUCCGGAGGAGGCAGCAUUGACUGUGUUUACUAUUUGAGUCUAUUACUCAAAACCCGACAACUGCGACUCCCCAAGAAACUACCGCCCAAGACCCGACAACUCAGACUUAUCAACAGACAACCACCCAAGACCCGACAACUCAGACUCCUCAACAGACUACCGCCCAAGACCCGACAACUCAAACUCCUCAACAAACUACCGCCCAAGACCCGACAACACAGACUCCUCAACAGACUACCGCCCAAGACCCGACAACUCAAACUCUUCAACAAACUACCGCCCAAGACCCGACAACUAAGACUCAUCAACAGCCUACCACCCAAGACCCGACAACUCAUACUCCUCAACAGACUACUGCCCAAGACCCGACAACUCGAACUCCUCAACAGACUACCGCCCAAGACCCGACAACUCAAACUCUUCAACAAACUACCGCCCAAGACCCGACAACACAGACUCCUCAACAGACUACCGCCCAAGACCCGACAACUCAAACUCUUCAACAAACUACCGCCCAAGAUCCGACAACUGAGACUCAUCAACAGCCUACCACCCAAGACCCGACAACUCAGACUCCUCAACAGACUACCGCUCAAGACCCGACAACUCAAACUCUUCAACAAACUACCGCCCAAUACCCGACAACUAAGACUCAUCAACAGCCUACCACCCAAGACCCGACAAGUCAGACUCCUCAACAGACUACCGCCCAAGACCCGACAACUCGAGCUCCUCAACAGACUACCGCCCAAGACCCGACAACUAAAACUCUUCAACAAACUACCGCCCAAGACCCGACAACACAGACUCCUCAACAGACUACCGCCCAAGACCCGACAACUCAAACUCUUCAACAAACUACCGCCCAAGAUCCGACAACUAAGACUCAUCAACAGCCUACCACCCAAGACCCGACAACUCAGACUCCUCAACAGACUACCGCUCAAGACCCGACAACUCAGACUCCUCUACAAACUACUGCCCAAUACUCGACAACUAAAACUCUUCAACAAACUACCGCCCAAGACCCGACAACACAGACUCCUCAACAGACUACCGCCCAAGACCCGACAACUCAAACUCUUCAACAAACUACCGCCCAAGAUCCGACAACUAAGACUCAUCAACAGCCUACCACCCAAGACCCGACAACUCAGACUCCUCAACAGACUACCGCUCAAGACCCGACAACUCAGACUCCUCUACAAACUACUGCCCAAUACUCGACAAUUCAGACUCCCCGACAAAUUACCGCCAAAGACUCAUCAGCUCAGGCUCCUACACAAACUACUAGCCAAGUAUCGGCCACCCAAAGUCCUGCAAAAAAUCCCAACAAAGUCUCAACCACUCAGACUCCAACCAAAUCAAGCGUAUUCGCCCUAG